AUGGACGAUUCGUAUGCGAUAGCGUCGCCGCACAACGACGUCUUCAAUCAGGCAUUCGCAGAGGUACUUAUUUAAUUAUUUUAUAGCUGUUCUGUUCUGUUCUGCAAAACAUGUGUUCAGAUGAAUCCGCACGGGGCUCCCAGAAUCGGUGCCGUAGACGCCGCCAACUUCUUGAAAAAGUCGAAUCUCGCGAUGCCGAUCCUCGGCCAGAUAUGGGAAUUCAGCGAUUCGCAGAAGGUCGGCUCACUUGACAAACGAGGCGCGUUCGUGGCGAUGAAACUGGUGGCGGCCGCUCAACAAGGUUAGAAUUAUCUGGAGAAAACGAGGAAAGUGUCCGCCUUUCUGUGACAUGUGUCAUCGCCCAAAAAUGCAAAUUCAAGCGCAUUUCCGUUUGCAGGCAAGCCCCUCGCGAACUCCGUCCUCUACGACUCUUCUCUUCAAGCUCCUCGCUUCGGGGGACCGCCCGUCCCACCGGCCAGCAUGCAACACCAUUUCCAGCCCGCAUUCCCGUCGGUCAGUCCAGCAUUUCUCCUUUUAAUUGGCUCAAUCUUUUUUUGUUUUCAGCCCGGCCGUGCUCCUCCCGUCCCUCCGCCGCCGCAGCCGUCACACACUCAUUCGGCUGUUUCGUCUCAGCAGUCCUCACCUUCUCACCAUUAUGCUCCUCAGUUCCCGCCGAGUUGGCCGAUCACUCCCACCGAUCAGGUUGGUGAAUCCUCACAUUUCCUAUGAUAACUUCUAUUUUAGGCAAAGUACGACUCGAUAUUCCAAUCGUUGAAUCCUGUGAACGGAAAGCUCUCGGGAGCGCAUGUGCGUCCGGUGCUCAUGAAUUCUGGGCUCGAUUCACACUCCCUUGCACGAAUCUGGGAACUGGCCGAUCAAGACAAAGACGGAAGCCUGGACCGAAUUGAGAUGUCCGUCGCCCUGCAUCUCGUGUACCGUUCCCUCCAAUCGGAACCGAUCCCCGCUCAACUUCCGCCGUCUCUCAUCCAUCCGUCAAAGGCCAUGUUCGCUCAACGGUCUCCGAACUUUGCCCCGCCCACGCACCCUCCUCGUCCGAUGUUUGGCUCGCGAGCCGGCUCCGUAACCUCUCUGGAUGAGGUUCACAUGAAUCAGUCGUAUUCUGCGACCAUGCCGAGAUCUCAGCCGCCGCCACCGGGGUCUCGAGCACACGUUAACGGAGCAAGAGCCAGCGGAGCAUCCACUCCGCUCUCCUCUUCUCAUUCCAUUCACUCGUUCGCCGGCAAUGAGUGGACAAUCAACCCAGCCGAUCACGCCGAUCAGUUCGCUCAAAUCGACACGAACAGAGACGGAUUGGUGGAUGGACAGGACAUGCGCGGUCCCAUGAUGGCCACCGGGCUCACUCCUCAGAUUUUGGCUCAUGUCUGGGCUCUCGCCGACACAAAGAAGUGCGGUCAGCUCAAUUUAGAGCAAUUUGCAGUCACGUGAGUUUUGAAAAUUUUGCUAAUCUACAUAUUCAUUGCUUCAACCGUAAUCUUUUUCCAGAAUGCAUCUGCUAGAAAUGGCGAAGCGAGGAGAGCCGAUACCAGUCGAACUUCCCGCGCAUCUCAUUCCUCCCUCCUCCCGACCCACGGAUCUCCCACCGGCUCUUCCCCACCAGCCACAACAAUCCGUGUCGACCCCGCAGCUUCCAGAGGCCACUUCCAUGGAAAUCAAGGAAGCGUUGGAAGGAGAAAACGAAGAGAUGCGGCAGCUGGCGGAGGCCAUUCAAUCGAUGAUUGUUGAGCGGAAAACCGCCGAAGAAGCCGUCGUUCAAUUGGAAGCCGACAUGACUGUGAAGAACUCGCGGAUCAAGAACUUGCAAGUUGAAUUGGCCACUCUCGAAUCGACAGUCAAACAAUUGGAACGGCAAAAAACCGAAGCGACGAGAAGAUUAGGCGACUACGACACUCAGAUCGAGCAGCUAGAGACGGCGUGCAAGGCGCAAAGCGAGAAGAAAGAAGAGACGGAAAAAAGGAUGAGGCAGAUUGACGAGGAAGCGAAGAAUGCGGAGGAGUGCAAAGCGAACGACGAGAAGGAGAUGGAAGAACUGAAGAGAGAAAUCGAAAUGCUCGACGCACAGUUCAAGACGAUCAAGGGCGAAGUGGUCAAAGAGACGGGAGAACGCGAGCGGAUGGUGGCCGAAUUGACGACGCUCGAGAGACGAGAAGUGCGCGAUCAGCUGCAGAUGGACAAGUUGGACUCUGAGAUCGAAAAGACGAAAAGUCUGACCGAGCAAGUGUCCGGAGCGGUCGAGAAACCGGAAGCUGAAAUGGUGGAAGCGCUGCGAGGACAUCCGAAUCUUCUUAAUGCGUCAAUGGACGGAACACUCCUCUCGGAUGAUACGGUGUACGGAGAGACGGCUGGAGCCUCGCAGAAUCAUGUUCAACAGCCGCCAGAUCCGUUCGCAUCUGCCAGAACAAGUGAGUGACCUCUAUUCUUCAUUCUUCUAAACCAUCUAUCUUUCCAGACCCGGCUGCCGAUCCAUUCGCCCAAGUGGAUCAAUUCGGUUCUGCCGGCCACUUCGACGCCGCGUUCCCGGCUGAUCCGUUCGCCCAGGGAUUCCCUGCGGAUGCAGCUUUUGCUCCAUCUGGACCCGCAAGACCUGCUCCGCCACGCCCUGCGCCACCGAAAUCCAACCGGGAAACGCCCGUCAAUGAUCCGUUUGCGUGAGAACUCCUUCUCAUCCCAAGUGGAUUCCAAUUUGUUUUUCUUUCAGUCCAUCACAAGGUCAAGCUCCUCCAGCUGCUGGAUUCGCAAACUUCGCCGACUUUGGAUCCGCGUUCAACUGA